GAACUCCUCACAAAUUAAUAAGACGUUGAUAGAAAGAGAUUGGAUUUUAUCUAGCUCUUAAUAAAAUUAGUUCAAUAUGGCAAUUAAAUUAAUCGGAUUUUUUUUAUGCAUAAGCAUGAUUAAUGAAAUAUCAAGUCGAUCAUUGCCUUCAUACUUCAAACCAUGCAAGCGAGAUGACCCCAACAUUAAUGAAUGUUUAAUGAAGUUAAUGGAAAACAUUCGACCCUAUAUUAGUAAAGGAAUACCAGAAAUGCACAUAUUACCUUUAGAUCCGAUGAUGAUACCAUCUGUGACUUUGAAUCAAAAUUCAGCUGGUUCAGUUAAUUUCGUUGCCUUGUUUACAGAUUUGAAGGGUUACGGAGGAAAAAAUUUUCAAAUUCAUAAAAUUAAAGCUAGUAUCAAAAAUCAAUCUUUGGAGAUUGACUUAAAUUUGCCUUUGUUCAGAAUCGAAUCCAGAUACGAAGUCAAUGGACAAAUAUUAGUACUGCCUAUUAAAGGAAAUGGAAAAUUCAUUGGAAAUUUCACGAACGCUCAUGCAAAGAUUAAAUUUGAAUUAAAAUUUGUUGAAAAAAAGAACCACAAAAACUUUAUUGAAAUUAAAAAAAAUAAAAUAAGUUUGGAAUUAGGAGGAGCAAAAUUACAUUUUAGUAAUUUAUUUAACGGCAACAAAGAAUUAGGUGAUCAAACAAACCGAUUUAUAAACGAGAACUGGACGGAUCUGAUGCAGGAAACAAGACCAUUGAUUGAAGACACUGUGGCUGCUAUAGUCCUGGGUAUUUUCAAACCCGUAUUUGAGACAUUUAGUAUGGAUGAUCUAUUUCCAGUCUAGGUGACUUGACAAUAGGACAUACAUAAAAAAUUUCGGUUAUUUACGUUAAUUUUAAAAAUUGUGUGAUAUUAUAUUGAUUUAC